AUGCGUCUAGAACUAAAGAACCCCUACUUCCCAAUGCGCGAAACUGCAGCGCUGUUGAAGCGCUCAGUAGUCUCUGCUGCCUCGAGCUACUGUGUGUUGAAGGGAGGACGGACCUUCGUGGCGUCAUUUCCAGUCAGAAAAUUAGUCUGCCUAACUUCGCACAAAGGCAAUCUACGCCCGUUGUUUACGCAACCGAGGUGGCAUUUGGUUGGAUGUCCUUUGGCAUUUUCUUUAAGAAGUUACACUGAUGUAUCAUCUUCGCACGACAGUCAGGGCAAUAAAACUCGUAAACAUUCGAACGUGGAGACACAUUACAAUGACGACGAAGAUUCUAUCAUAAGGAAAUGCAAGUGGGACUCACCAGAGUUCCCGGAGCGCCUAGGCUUUGCAUCGGACGAGCCAUUUGACGAAUAUCAGCUACGACGGAAUUAUAGGAUUUUAGUUAAAUUCUUCCAUCCGGACAGCCCAACCGCACCGCAGCAGCACGCCACUGAAGCAUUUCAGAAAAUCAAAGAGGCAUAUGAUGCAUUAAGUUUUACCCUCAGGGGCGACACAAAUGAGGGCAAUUUCAGGGCAGGCGACCACCAAAAUGCCCAAGGCAUGACCUUCGCAGAUGAAGCGCGUCGGCGUGCCCAGAUGCGUUUUUUGGGCGACGGAAUCAUUCUUUUCCUUCUCAUGACACUUUUUUACAUUUACAUGGUCUCGCGGCAUAAUGCGAAGCGUCUCGGAUCUUACAAUCUAUGGCAUUUCGCUGGUAUAUUUUUUAUUAUUCAGCUUUUCCCGCGGCUUCUGGCUGCGGCGGUCUUGUUUGCAUGCCAUACGACUUAUCUUAUAGCAAAUGCGGAGCUCACAGAACAGAGUGCCGCAACGAUCUUGCUACGUCAGGGGGAUCAUGACAUGCGGAUGCAAUUGCAAGGAAUUCCAAGCAAAGAAGCGGCGAACGUGGUGAUCCAAGUCGUGGUCAGUGUUCCAAAGGACAUAGCCGCAUCGCCCGCGGCAACGCGUACUAAAGAAGACACAGAACAUCUCAGCAAAGGUGCAUCUGCUCUUUUACAUAGCACUACCCUAACUUUCGAUAAGGGUGUGCUGGAUGUCGUAAUCCCGCUUCCACCUAAGGGCUUUGACCAGAAAACCACGUACUCUGUAAAGGCGGUUGAUGAAGCACGAAAAUUUGUCUUGGUCGACAAGACCUUUAGCGUAAAGGCAUAA